GCCUAAACCGACGUACACUUCACAUGGCUGCCCCAACAAGUUUCCCGAUCAUGCUUUAUUUUGUGUGCGGGUUUAGCGUUGCCUUGGCAGCAACUCCCAACAUUACCACGGAUCAAUCUGCUCUUCUUACCUUGAAAGCUCAUAUUUCUUUUGAUUCCCAAAAUCAUUUGACAAAAAAUUGGUCUACUAAUACUUCUGUUUGCAAUUGGGUAGGUGUCAUUUGUGGUUCUAGACAUUACCGAGUCAGGGUCUUAAACCUUUCUUUCAUGGGCCUUACAGGUGAACUCCCAAAAAUAGGAAAUUUAACUAUGCUUACAGAGCUAUACCUUGAUGACAACAACUUUGAAGGAAAACUAUCCCCAGAAAUAGGGAAUUUAACUAUGCUUACAGUGCUAUACCUUGAUGAAAACAACUUUGAAGGAAGACUACCCCCAGAAAUAGGGAAUUUAACUAUGCUUACAGAGCUAUACCUUUCCAGCAACAAAUUUGAAGGUUUAAUACCAAAUCAAAUUGGUAAUCUACAAAAUCUAGAGGUUUUGAAUAUUGAAAUCAAUGGAUUUUUUGGCACAAUUCCAUUUGGGAUCUUCAAUAUCUCAACAAUAAGAUGGAUUGCAAUGACGUCAAAUAACCUAUCAGGCCAUCUUCCAUCAAAUAUGGGUCUCUUCCUUCCAAAUCUUCAACAACUUUUUCUUGGGAUAAAUAAAUUGAACGGAACAAUUCCCAACUCUAUCUCUAAUGCUUCAAAGCUCGAAAUCGUAGAAUUAUCUUGGAACUCAUUCUCGGGCUUAAUUCCAAAAACGCUUGGAAAUUUAAUAUUCCUCAAGACGCUCAACCUAGAAUUCAAUGAUUUGACAGUUGAAUCUCCAGAAUUGAGUAUUUUCUCCGAUUUGUCUAGUUGUAUAAAUCUCGUUGAUUUACUUUUGAGCAAAAAUCACUUGAACGGCUUCCUUCCCAAGUCCAUUGGAAACCUCUCUCUUUCUCUUCAAACACUUUACCUAUAUGAUUGCAAACUUAAGGGUAGCAUUCCAAUAGAGAUCGGGAAUUUAAGUGGUUUGACUACGUUGACCUUAUCCAGCAACAAACUGAGAGGACUUGUUCCAACCACAAUAGGAAGUUUGCGCAUGCUUCAAGGUUUGGGCCUUGAUGAUAAUAGACUAAAAGGAACCAUCCCACCAGAACUAUGUUAUCUAAGGAGCUUGUUUGAAUUAUUUUUAGAUGGUAAUGAUCUAUCUGGACACAUUCCUAGAUGCAUAAGUAAUAUGACUUCGCUAAGAGCUCUCUACUUAGGCUACAAUCAAUUAACUUCUGUGAUUCCAUUGAGCUUGUGGAGGCUUACACAUCUCUUGGAGGUUGACUUCUCAUCCAAUUCUUUAAGUGGCUCUCUUUCAUUUGAGAUUGAGAAAAUGAAGGUCUUGAGGAUAUUGAAUUUGUCAAGAAAUCAAUUAUCAGGUGAUAUCCCCAAAACAAUUGGUGCUCUCAAAGAUUUGACUAAUCUCUCUUUGGCAAUAAAUCGACUAGAAGGCUCAAUUCCUAUAUCUUUUGGGGAAUUGGUAAGCUUGGAGUUCUUGGAUCUUUCCAAUAACAAUUUAUCUGGAGAGAUUCCCAAGUCCUUAGAAGGACUACAUUACCUCAAAGAUCUAAAUCUCUCAUUCAAUAAACUACAAGGAGAAAUUCCCACAAGAGGACCAUUUCUAAACUUCUCAGCUGCAUCAUUUAUGUCAAACAAUGCACUUUGUGGUGCAGCUCGAUUGAAAGUUCCCCCAUGUGAAGAAGGUGAUCCUGGCAAAAAGAAGACAACAUGGCCACAUAUGCUAAGGUAUGUAUUGCCAGCAAUUGGGUUUAUAAUGCUUGCACUGACCCUUGCAUUUUUAUGGAAAAGAUGGAAAAAGAGGAAUCCAAAAUCUCCUGCUCAAGCAGGCAUGUACCCUCUAGUUACAUGGAGAAGAAUUUCUCACCAACAACUUGUACAAGCAACGAAUGGAUUCAACUCUAAUAAUUUACUUGGUGAAGGAAGUUUUGGGUCAGUAUACCAAGGAACACUUUCAGAUGGGAUGAAUAUUGCAAUCAAAAUUAUGAACUUGCAAGUGAGAGGGGCAUUCAAAAGUUUUGAUGCAGAGUGUGAAGUGCUAAGAAAUAUUCGUCAUCGAAAUCUUGUCAAAAUCAUCACCAUUUGUAGCAAUAUUGACUUCAAAGCCCUUGUAUUGGAAUACAUGCAUAAUGGAAACUUAGAGAAAUGGUUGCACUCUCAAGAUCACUAUCUGAAUAUCUUACAAAGGCUAAAUAUCAUGAUUGAUAUCGCAUCAGCAUUAGAAUACCUUCAUCAUGGUUAUUCAACAACAAUUAUUCAUUGUGAUCUGAAGCCUAGCAAUGUCUUAUUAGAUGAAGAAAUGGUUGCACAUGUUGCCGAUUUUGGCAUGGCCAAACUCUUAGAUGAUCAGGACUCUAUGAUGCAUACCAUGACUCUUGCCACUUUUGGGUACAUGGCACCAGAGUAUGGACUAGAAGGAGUUGUUUCUACAAGAGGCGAUGUGUAUAGUUAUGGCAUUCUACUAAUGGAAACUUUCACAAGAAAGAAGCCUACGGAUGACAUGUUUAUUGGAGAAAUGACCUUAAAACAUUGGGUAGAUGAAUCACUGCUCACUUCAAUACUCAAUAUUACUGAUGCCAAUUUGUUGAGAAAUGAAAAAAAACAUGCUGCCAUGGUGGACUGCAUAUCUUCAGUUAUGAGAUUGGCUUUGGAUUGUUGUGCAGAGUCACCUUUGCAAAGAAUUGACAUAAAACAUGUUUCAACGACACUCAAUAAGGUCAAAUUAAAGUUUGUACUAGAUAGUAGAAGGAGCUAAGUUGAGUGUCAAGUUUGCUUACAACUCCCUCAUGUUUGUGCCUCUUAUGUUUGGGAUUUAGCCGUUAUGCUUCAUUGUUUUUAGAGAAGAUUACAAUUUACACCCUAAACUAUUAGUUAUUUUGCCAUAUUAUCGUGGAACUAUCUAAGUUGUCAUUUUGUCCCCAAACUACAACUUUUUAUGUAAAUUACUGUUAUGAAUGUAUCGUGUCAUCUAUUUAUUGUAUGUCUAGGUGCUAGAAAAAUUAGAUCAGAA